GCUAAUCACUAAGUCGAGUCCUCAUUAUAACUAGCCAGCUUAAAACUCUUCGUUCUCAGCCAUCAUGACGUCUACUUUGGACAUCGAUAAAGUUCGAUCGAGCUUUCCUUCUCUCAAAGACGGCUAUAUCUUUGCAGACAAUGCCGGUGGUUCUCAAUGUCUUGAGUCCGUUGCCGCUCGCAUCUCAGACUACCUCUUGAAUACGAAUGUUCAGCUUGGUGCUAGCUAUGACAUCUCUGUAAGGAGCACGAACCGCGUUGCGGACGGUGCAGCUGCAACAGCAGAACUCAUCAACGCCGCUUCUCCGGAUGAAAUAACUUUUGCAUCUAGCUCGACUCAAGCUGGUGAAAAUCUCGCUCGAGCGUUGGAUAAGGAUGUAUUUGAUGACGAAGAGAUCAUAGUUACUGGUGAACAUGAAGCCAAUUCCGGCCCAUGGAAGAAACUAGCUGCCCGUCGAGGACUCGUUCUCAAGAAUUGGCCACACACAGUCUCUCCUCUGACACCGAAUAAUCCUUACGGAGUCGAGCUUGCUAUAGAUACUCUACUUCCGCUCAUUACAAGUAAGACUCGUCUCAUCGCAUUCACUGCGUGCUCGAAUAUCCUCGGCACGAUCGUCGAUGUCGAGAACGUUGUGAAGGCAAUCCGAGCUGAGGCUGAGAAACACGGCGCGCGGAAGGUAGAAGUAUGCAUUGAUUGUGUUGCAUACGCGCCGCACAGGAGGAUCGACGUGAAGAAGUGGGAUAUUGAUUACUGUUUCUUUUCGUAUUACAAAGUGUAUGGACCUCAUAUUUGUGCACUCUAUGCACGUCAAGAUGCAACUUCCAAUUCUUGCAGCGCACUGACGCACCACUUUCUACGUGUCGACAACACCGCCUACAAACUCAGCCCAGGUGGUGCCGGUUACGAGCUUACUUACGCAGUCUCCGCCGUACUACCUUACUUCCAGUCACUAUCUCCUUCUGGUGACGUCGACGACGCAUUCGCGCGAAUUGCAGCCCAUGAACAAGAGUUGCUAAUGCCUCUUCUCGGUUAUUUGACCAGUGAGGACGCGAGGAAGAAGGGAGUUCUGAUUGUUGGAAGCGAGAAAGUGGACGAAUGGCGUGCACCAACAGUUAGUUUUGUCGUCGUAGGUGAACGCCGACCCGUUCGAAGCGCAGAUAUCGUCGCACACUUUGAUCGCAAGGGAAAGAUGGGCAUUCGUUAUGGCCACUUUUACUCAUACUCUCUUGUUGAGAACCUUCGUCCUGUGAUUGACAUAAAUGAUGCCGUUGUGCGCAUCUCGUUGGUGCAUUAUAAUACGGUUGAAGAAGUCGCGACCCUUAUUUCGGUCUUGAAAGAAGCACUUGAUUCUCUUGUAUAGUCACAACCAGAGUUGUCGGAUAGAUAAUAAGAAAAACUG